AGAGUUAUAGGUUAUAACACUCUGAUCAGCAAAAUUAUGCCCAAAGUCGCAAAAAAUGCUUGAAUUGUACGACUUCCUAGACGAUGAAAGUGACAAAACGAGCUUUUCGAUAUUUGUGGCAAUUUUAUAUUUAAAGCUGUUAUACAUAGUGGGAAUGAUUUUUUAUAUAAUGUCAAGAUUCAAUGAAAUAAUUCUGUCCUAGUUAUGUUCUACGUAAAAAAUCCAUCCACGCUCAACAAGCCUUGGAUCCUAUCCAAACAAGGCGAUGACACCCCAAUUUCCAUACCCCUCGAGGUCACCAAACAUCUAAAAAAUUACCACAUAAUGGCAGUCGAGUUUCUUUAUCACAAUUACCGUAAAGGGAUAAAAGGUUCGAUUUUGAACCAAGAGCCCGAUAUGAAUUACCCACUGGAGCUGUCGGCGUUCUUUAGAGCUUUAGUAAAAGGGCCAGCGAUAAUCUUAGUGAUUUGCUCACGCCAGUCUAGCUGUUUUUGGCACUUCCAUCUCACCAACCAUGCAGACGUCGAAGUUAUUCAAGUGACAUCAAAAAACUCUUCCAACACCUACAAAGGCAAUACUAAAAAAAUAGCUUUGCUUCUCUAUUCUGAUUCUUUAAAACUAGCUGAGGAUUUAACCGAACACGAUUUUUUUUCUGUCGUGAUUGAAAAUUUUGAUCAAAUUGCCAUAAAAAGAGUAAUCAAGAGACUGAACGGAAAUUUCAACGUGGGGCUGACGUGUCGAAGUUUCUACACGGACCCCGACCAGAAGCUGCAGUGGAACAUGUUGAACUGGGCUAAUCCAGGUUGCGUUGGUAAACUGCAUGAAUUCUAUGAAAUAGAUAACAAAAAUUUCGAGCUCUUCAACGAUAACUACCGCUUCUGGUGGAUGAGACUGACCUGGCACUUCUGCGAAUCCUUCGAAAAACCCACAGAUGAAGAUCUCGAAACCUACAGCCGUCAAAUCGAAAACUGGGCGUCCUCCAAUUCACUUAUUUUUCCAUCCAAACAAGAAAAGAAACCCCGAAAACGUAAACUAGACAAAACCAAGCCACAAGAUGAUAUUAUAAGUGACAGUUGUUCAUCAGAAGCCACAAUAAUCAGCGACGUGCCAAUCGACAAAGACGUGCAGCUGCCCAUCAUGGACGAAAGCCCCAUCCUCACUUCGAUUAUUAAGAAUUUUGAGAUUUCCCCCGAGCCGAUUUUAACUCGCGCCUCCGUACCAUACUCUCAAGACCGGUCCCUCCCCUACACCCAAACUCAGCCCACAUGUUCUUAUGAUAGUGAGAGCAGCGUAAUCUUGUCCUUCAUGCAAGAAGAAGACAAACCCAAACCGAGUACUUCCAGGAGUGAGUCUGAAGAUUUCAUUUUGAAUUUGAUUUAAGAAAAAAAGUCUGAUUUGCGAAAUUUGAUAAUUGGCAUUCCGUUGCUGACGAAUCGAAUUAAGACUGCUCAAAAACGCGCAUUUAGUUGUUUUAAUUGAAUUUUGUAAUAUUGCUUUUAAAUGUAGUGGUUAGAAAUAAAUGUUGGAAUCAAA